UAUGAGAAAUAGCGGAGGAAGGAAUAAGAAUCGUAAUAAAUGAGAGGAAGAAGUAGUAUACCAAAGAAGACAUGUUGAUGUUAUUAGGUUCGAAAGGGGCAAUCUGAUCACAAUGCAUUACAUGCUUUAUAUAGAAAAAAAAUUAGACAAAUAAUACUGUAAGAAUUUAUGAUGAUGAGCUCUACAUUAACUUGUAUACGCAAAUUCUUGACUUUGUAACAAAUAUGUAUUUUAUUUUAUUUUUAAUGAAAAUUCUAAAAGUGAAGUAUUCCAAUAUGUUUUUCUAAAAAUAUUUUUUUCAUUUAUAAAGAAAAAUAAGGAAUUUCUAGAAAGAAAAAAAAAUGUGUAAAUGUUUGCUCUCAAAAAAAAGGAAGAAAAAAAUAUGGAGGUGAAUUAGCAUAAAUUUGUUUUUAAAUGAUAUUAUAAAUGAGUUGACCAAAUAAAAUAAAAUGAUAUUAUAAAUGUAAUUUUAUAUAUAAAUUGAAUUUGAAAUUGCCCCAAAUCAGUUGUAUACUUGUAUGCCAUGUUCGAAAACACGGGCGAAUUGGCCGAUUACUCGUCGGUUAAACGCAAAUCGGUGGUGCUCCGCUGCGAUUUUGUGUUAUUUGGGCAAAAACUCGGAUUUUGAAAAAACGUGUACAUAUUUUGGUAUUUUCUGGUUCGAAAUUGGUCCUUUCAACAUAAAUCUUUCAUAUUUCAUUGUUAAUAAUCAAGAAUCGAAGCAAAUCGUCCAAGAAAAAGAUGAUUUCUGUUUAAAAAAAUAAAAAACGGCCAUAAACUAAGUUAAAAGAUGCACAGGUUGGGAGGAAGAAGAUGAAUUGAUAAAUUACAAAUAUGUCCUUCAUUAAAGAAAUAUAGAAAAAGAUGGAAAUACAAUCUUAGUGGCUUUCGAACCCAAGUUAAGAGAACUAAAUCAGUCUAAUGUGACCACUAGGUCACAAUAACACGUCUGCUAUCUAAUUUCAAACCAAUUUAACAUAUAUUAUAAAUGCAAAAUGUGAUUUUUUAUUGUAAAAUUACUCCCCGAAUAUUCCCCGAUUUUAUCCCGAUUUUCUAUUAACUCGUUAGGCCCGGGUCAAGCGUACGUAUAGUAUAGGGCCUACAGCAAUUUCGAACAUGGCUUGUAUGUGUCACCUUGCUUUGAUUCCCGCUUUUUUAGAGGAAAUGUGAUAUACGGUAAUCGUUUUAUACAAUCAAAUCUGCCGUCAAUUCAUUUCCUCACCAAAGCACACCACAUGUUCGAUCAUUUGUCCCAACUAGUUUCCCCAUAGUGCGAUUAGGCUUUUUUGAUUCCUUUUUUUUUCUUCUUCUUCUUCUUCUUCUUCUUCUUCUUCUUCUUCUUCUUCUUCGUAUUGGAUUGUCACUCAACAUGUUUUCUCUGACCUUCUCCAACUCUGUUAAGCCACUCCACUCCGCAAUCGCCCAUCAAAUUCGAUCCUUCUCCCGUGAUCCAUUCCCAAACAAACUCCAGCACUACCUUUACAGAGCUAACCUCAUCGAUUCCAUCCGUCUCUCCCUCCGCUCCACAGAGGCGAAUCUUACUCCUCUUUUGAACCACCGUCUUCUCGAUUCCUUCGUCGUCAAGAACGCUUUACGCUCCUCUCCUUCCCUCGCUUCCGCUUGGUCUAUCUUCAAACCCCUCAGGAAGAUUAAACCCCAAAUUUCAUAUGAAGCUGAGACACUUCACGCCUUCGCCACCGUUCUCGCAAAGUUCCACCGCUCUUCACAGCUCAAAUCUCUUAUCGGACUGGUCCACGCUGGCAAAUUCGGCCAUGUUCAGUUCAGCUUUAUGAACCUCAUGAACUUGUACGCAACCGCAGGUGAUUUCGACUCCGUUCUCAAGACCUGGGACGAGUAUAUAUCCUCAGGAGAGGAGAAAGGAUGCUGCACCGAGUCCUAUAACAUUGUGAUGCAAGUUUACGUGAGCUUAGGUAAAGACGCUGACGCUGUACAGACGUUUGAUCAGAUGAUUAACAACGGAGGCAUCCCGAAUUCGAGAACGUUCACGAUUAUGAUUGAGCAUCUGGUGAAAUCAGGGAAUCUUGAUGCUGCCAUGGAGGUUUUCGAGACCUUGCCUUCGAUGAGGAUCACAAGGACUCUGAAGCAUUACUCUGUUCUGGUCGAAGCCUUUGUCGAUGCUCAGCGGUUUGAUCGAGUCAAGACUCUGCUCGCUGAGAUGAAAGCCGAUGGGAAGUUCCCGAGCAGACGAAUGCUUGAGCCUCUGAAGCGCAUGAGAGAGGCUGGGUUCGAGCAAGAAACUGGAGAGUUCUUGAGGGAGAUGUUGCCUGAUGAGAGGAUCAAGGACGUUUCUAUGUAUUCCAUGUGCAAUCCCAGCGAUAGCGAAGAAGAAGAUGAAUCCGACCAUGAUGAUGCUCAGGUGAAGUUGAAGCCGUGGCUGGAUCCAAAAGCUUUAGCUAAUUCGUUAAAGAAAUGGAGUUCUGAUACUGCUACUGCUUUGGAACAAGCUAACUUCGUCUGGACGAAUCUUUUGGUAUGCAAGAUGCUGAGAAACUUUAGAUCCUCUGAAACGGCAUGGAGUUUCUUCUGCUGGGUGGCGGUUCAGCCCGGGUUCACCCACGACGACUACACGAUCGAGAGGAUGAUGGCUAUGUUGGCACGCGACGGGCAGGUUGAACUGGUCGAUAAGCUCAUCUCCAAAGUGAGAAUGGAAGGGAUCAAACUACCGUUCAGCACCAUCAGGCUGAUCAUCGAUCUCUACGGAGUUUCGAAGAAACCAGAAGCAGCCAUCAAGGUCUUCCGCCACGACAGAACAACACUCUGCGGUUCAGUUUCGGGUUUCAACCUCAUGCUGUUGUACUCAUCGCUCUUGAGAACGUUGACCAAGUGCAAGAGAAACGCAGAAGCUCUGGAGACUCUGGAAGAGAUCGUUUCGACCGGGGUGUCUCUGGAUAUCCAGACGUUUUCGGGUUUAAUGUAUCACUUCGCACUGCAGGGAGAGAUUCAGACGGUGCAGAGGCUUUUCUCAAUGGUGAGGCAGAUCGGUCUGGAGCCGGAUCCUUACAUGUUAAAGCUUCUGGUCCAAGCUUAUUGCAGAUGCGAAAGAUCAGUGCUUGCUUUCAGAGUGUUCCAAGACAUGAAGGACUUGAAUCUAAUCCCUGACAGAGAGACGAAAGAGCUGCUUGUGAGGAGUCUGUGGAGAGAAGAGAAGCGCAAAGAAGCGGCUGCGGUUGAAGAAAGCAGCUAUUGCGACGAGGAAGGGGAUAGUAGUAGCGUUUUGCGUUUGACGUUGAAGGGUCAUGUGUGGAAUUUUAGUUCAAGAGACAUCGCUAGAGUCUACAAUCUCUACCGCGAUUGUAUUUUGAAAACUCCAAGUUAACUUUUGUUUCCAGUGUUUUUUCUUGGCAGCUGAAACCGUUUUAGUUCUAUUGGUUCUGUUGGUCACGCAUUCUAUUCAAAUUAGUCAGGCAAGAACACCAAUUGCAUCUAAUA